AUGGAUCCCUCACAGUACUACCAGCACCAUCAUCACCAUUCCCACCGCCAUCACCACAAAUCUCUAUCGCAGCAACAGUCGUCCGCCUCCCUCUCGUCGACGGCUCGCGGAGCCCCGCCGCUGCAUACCCAUCUCCCCUCCUCCUCCUCCAUGCCUCUGAGGACCGCCAACAGCACUCCGAUGUCUUCGCCAGGACUUUUCAGCCCUUCGCCUUCUAGGCAAAAUCUCGUCACCUCCGUAUCCGAGAACAAUACACCUCCCAAUUACAACCAAAGUCCUCUCCUGCACCCUUUGCAGAUGCACAAAGUUAGAGAGACACACAAGGCCCUCAUUGACUCAGAUACCGCCACAGGCCGCAAGCUCAUUAACCAAUAUGAAGUGAUUGAAGAAAUUGGCCGUGGAAUGCAUGGUAAAGUCAAGCUGGCUCGUAACCUCGAAACAGGCGAAAAUGUGGCUAUCAAGAUCAUCCCACGUUUCUCUAAGAAGCGUCGCCUUGGAAAGGUUACAGCAAAGUCCCCCCAAGACAAGACGAAGAAGGAAAUUGCCAUUCUAAAGAAGAUCCGUCACCCGAAUGUCGUCGCCCUUCUCGAAGUCAUUGACGACCCUGAGCUCAAGAAGAUUUACAUGGUUCUUGAGCAUGUGGAACUCGGUGAAGUUGUGUGGCGCAAGAAGGGUCUCCCUCACAUUUGUCUAUUCGAACGACGACGCAUAGAACGCGAAAUGCGAGGCGAGCUCCCAACUCCCGAGGAGGACCGCUACGAACAACUACUCGAACAUCGCCAGGCUAUCAAGCAAAUGAAACGAGCCAAGAUGGCACAGAAUUAUCCGGGCCAGAUGAACUGGAGUUUCGAGAACGGAGGGGCCGACGAGCCUAGUAGCAGCCUAGGAAGUCAGUCUCGCAUAUCCUCCAUGCAAGACUUUGCCAUCAGUGAUGGAUCACCAUCGAGACCUACUUCACGACAAACCUUCCGCGAUGAACAAAGGGCACAUUCACGAUCACGAUCUGUUGUUUCGUCAACUCGGGCCGUUGAAGAUCCCGACGAGUUCAUCAAUUGGGAAGACGACAUGGAAACCCCCAGCGCUCUUCGAUCAAACCCCACUUCGAGUACUGCGUUGGAUGGCACCAUGUACGGCCCGUACGUCGACGAAGGCUUCCGAGGACGUUCUCCCAGCAUGGCUGAUUCGAUCAUCUCACACAUGUCCUCACUCGAUUUCAACCCUCAACAACACGACCCCUUCUCAGACGACUUCUCCUACGUUCCAUGCUUCACCUUUGACCAAGCUCGAUCAACUUUCAGAGAUACUGUUCUCGGUCUUGAAUACUUGCAUUAUCAAGGUGUCGUCCACCGUGAUAUUAAGCCAGCCAACCUCUUGUGGAGUAAAGAUCAUCGCGUCAAGAUUUCUGACUUUGGCGUCUCCUACUUUGGCCGACCUAUUCGUGAUGGCGAAUUUGACGACACAGUGUCCGAAUCUGAGGCCAAGGAUUUCGACGAUGAUCUUGAACUCGCCAAGACAGUCGGUACACCUGCGUUCUUUGCUCCUGAGUUGUGCUACACCGACUUGGACACAGAACAACCCAAGGUUUCGGAACAAAUCGACGUUUGGUCUCUUGGUGUGACACUUUACUGCCUGAUCUACGCUCGAAUCCCCUUCCUCGCCGAAGAUGAAUUUCAGAUGUUCCGAAAGAUCGCAACAGAGGAAGUAUACAUCCCCAAGCGCCGCUUAAUGCCCGUUCACCCCUCAACCUCACCAGCCGCAACCUCCCUCUACAAGCGCCAGAACAUGCAUCCAUACCGCGACGACAACGACUUGGUCUAUGAAGAAGUUGACAACCUGCUUAUUGACCUGCUGCGACAAAUGCUCACCAAGAACCCCGAAAAACGAAUUCGACUUCGAGACAUCAAGCGUCACCCAUGGGUCGUCCAGGAUAUCAUGAAUCCUAUCGGAUGGCUCGACGACACUGACCCUGCUCGCCCUUCUUCUGGUCGAAAGAUCCAAGUCGAUGAAAGGGAAAUGUCAUCCGCUGUCGUGCCUCUUACCUUUCUGGAGCGUGCUCGCUCAGUGGUCAAGAAGGCUGUUGGCAAGGUAAUGCACCCCCUUGUGGAACGAAGUGAUAGCAAAACGCGACAUCGAGCCAACAGUAGUGCUGCUAGCUCCACCGGCGACAACGUAAGCAUGUACAAUAACGGACCUCCGACUCCUCAUGGGCAGCACCGCGAGAACCGCCGCAAGAGUCUCCGCCCUGACGACUACUUCGCGAGUGCCAUGCGAGAUGCCGCCGCGGCGCCUGAGCAUCCUCUCUCAGUCAGCCAAUCAGUCAGCCCACAGCCCGAAUCCGUCAUCUAUGACCCGUUGGCGACUGUUCUCCCCGAAGCCGGCGUCUACCGAGGCCAUCAUCAUGCUCAUAGUGAGAGCGAGUCGAUACGCGAACCCGAGAAGUCAUCUUCGGCAGCCUCUCUAUGGCCCUUCCAUCGUCACGCUCAUAGCCAUGGACAUACUAAAACCACUCAACACUGGCUCCAUCUUGGUUCCCCCAUGCCCAUCUCUCAAACCACUCCUACUACACCUUACUUCUCCAGCCCAGUCGACGGACCAGAUGACUCUGGGGCCGAGACAGUCCGAAAGACUCGCGACCUGGACUUGACAGAUUCCAUGGAUGAAAGCUCGCGGUCCAAGUCCGUCGACCGUGGCCUCUUCUCCAGCUCAGAUAAACGCGCUGAACCUAAGGUGGGCGUCAAUACUACCGUUGCCCCCGGCAGUGUCCAAGCACCACCUCGUCAUGGAAGACGACCUGUCAAGUCCGUUGACUUGGGAAAGGCUUCGCACCAUAGACGCUUGGAAGCCUCUAUACUCUCUUCAUCUCUUGCCGUCGCCGCCGGUCAACAGCAUAGUCACGCAGGUUCCACCCGCUCUGUUGAACCUUGCAACAAGACCCGACCGCGAUCCCUUCAGAGAAUGGAUAGCGCCCCGAUCACAAGAACGUCACCACCUCGUCACUCGGAAGAUCUCUGCAUGCGACGAUGUGAUCGACAAACUGAACAGAUCAGUUACUCUUGCCCGCCCUCACCCAUCCAGGAAGAAUGGACUCGAGAUGAACCCCUUCCACGCGCAGAUACCAUGCCCACCACUAAGUCGUCAAGUGUCGAUUCAAUGGAGGCUUUGGCCACCCCAUCGACUAGCCCCAGUGUCACCAGCCCUGUCUCAGCGCUCCCUUCUACAGCCAGCACAUCAGAGCGGAUGUUGGCAUUCCAGUCCGAUCCCUCUCUGCCAGCCCUGCUCAGUGGUGCCAGCUCCGUUUCAGCCGACAUGGAAGCCGAGCUGUUGUGCAAGCCAGGCAUUGUUAGCGCUCACCCUCAGCUACUCGAAACCACCGACAGUCUGACGCCACCGGCUUUUGACAAGGAACCCAAUGGCUUUCCCAUUGAUCACGUGUACGGCAAUCCUCCUGCCAUGGACAGUGGCUCCCUUGCUGUCCAUCUGGAAGGUGGUGCACGGGACUCGGUGACUAGUACUCCCGUUGCCCGGCCCGUUGACGAUGAUUUAGACGACGAUGGCAGUGAUGACGGGAUCUUGCUUAUGGCCACUAAGUCAAAGAAGAAGCCAGCGCAGACUACGUCACGACCUCCAGUCUUCAACCCUCGAAGACGUGACACCAACAUUAGCAUUGCGAGCACCGAAACUGCCAAGAAGGUGCCAACCUCUGCAUAUGGUGACGAGGGGACGUCGCCCUAUGAAACAUGA